GUUUCACGUAAUCAUAUUUGGAACCUCUAAUUUGCUGGCUGUGAAUGCAUCUGUACAGGCUGCGUUUUUGUCAUGUCAUUUUUAUUGUUACUCAAAAACAAGGACAUAGUCUUGAACAUUUGAGAGAUCAAUUUUUCAUAAAGCGUAAAGAAAUAAAACAGUAAAGGAAAUUCUGUACCUCUAAUUCUAGUUGGGAAAUAAUCCGUUUGAACUAUUUAAUGAUAAUAUUUGCAUAUAAUUUUUUUCACUGUUUCAUAGUUUUUGAUUUUAUACAUUUCAUAUAAGCCCAUUUAGCCUAUGUUUUAUAUGAAUUUUAUGUGACACUAAUCUCAGCUGUAUAUUCUCCUCCCUUGAUGCUGCCGGUCUUGGAAAGAGUCAACAUGUCAAGUGUAUAAAAGGCAGCAUAGAUUGUAGCACAUCUUUAUUGUGGAGCCUCCAGGAGUGACUGUGUUUCAGUUCAGAGCUGUUGGAGAGACAAAUAGCAUCUUCAGAGAUCUGUGGUUAUGUAUACAUUGAACUUUAUUUGAAGGGAAUAACACUAUGUUUGGAUGUUUCUUCUAAGUACUUCAGAAUGAAUCUCACAGCAGUGAACCAAUCUGAUGGCUGUCAGGAAUAUUUCUGUCCAGAGAGAUCUGUUUCUUUAUCUGUCUAUGUGAUUCAGUAUGAGCCCGCAGCAGCUGUGGCUCUUCUGACCGUGUGUGGAAACCUGCUGGUCAUCAUCUCUGUUAGUCACUUCAAGCAGCUCCACACACCUGCUAACAUCCUCAUCCUCUCUUUGGCUGUGUCUGAUCUGCUGGUCGGAGUUUUCGUGAUGCCGAUUUAUUUUUCUUGGGUCAUCGAGUCAUGUUGGAUUUUUGGAACAGUGAUGUGCUCAUUUUUUAAAUUGGUGGCUUGUCAAGUAACAAGCGUGUCUGUUCACACUGUGACUCUAAUCGCAGUUGAUCGUUUUUUGGCUUUAAGUUAUCCUUUUGUUUAUUCAGAGAAAAUCUCACCCACUGUGAUCUGCAUUGCCACUUUAUGUAACUGGCUGUUUUCACUCUUUUAUAACUUCACUCUUCUCUUCAUUAGUGGAAACUUCACUGUUGUGUGUCCAGGAGAAUGUGUUUCUAUUGUAGAUGAGGUUUCAUCCCUCAUUGAUCUCCUGGUUGUGUUUCUUGUGCCAUGUACACUCAUCAUAAUAUUAUACACUCAUGUUUUUGUCAUUGCUAAGAAACAUGUGACUGCUAUAAGAGCCCUUCAGGUUCACAACAGCACCUCUAAAAACAGAGUCAGUGACAAAUCAGAGCGAAAAGCUGCGAUUCUGCUGGGGAUUCUGGUCUUUGUGUUUCUUCUGUUUUUACUGCCAUAUUAUAUUUGUAUCUUAGUGAUUUCAUAUAGUAAUGCUGACGUGUUUUUUGUCAGAGAUGUUGCUACAAUAUUUUUUUUCCUAAACUCCACCAUUAAUCCCAUCAUUUAUGCCUUAUUCUAUCCCUGGUUUCAGAAAAGCUUAAAAUUAAUUUUCACAUUUAAAGUGUUUAAUAAAGACUCCUCCCUGAUGAAUGUGCAAUAAGUCAUUGAAUGUAAGACAGAAUGUUUCCCUACUUUUCUCCUGUUGUUUAUUUUCAUAUAUAUACUUUGUCUAUAGGUUAAUGUACAUUAUUUUGUCAUAUUUAACAUGAGUCUUGACUACAAAACAGCUAUUGAAUUUCCUCAAAUUACCAAAUUACAGUUCAGUUAUCACACAUUGACCUUUUUUGACAACAGGCUCCAAUAGUAGAGUACUAAAAUAUAGCCUACUGAGACUGAGAUAUAGCACAAAAUGGCAAAAGUGUAUAGGCUAUGUGAACCUUUUUUUUUCUUUUUGUACUACAUAUUGUUGUAUAAACACCCAUGGAUUAUAAGUAUCCCAAACCAGGCCUUAUACAUAAUAAUAAUUUCAGUAAUUUGGUCACAUCAUAAAAGCUCUGGUGGAUUCAGAGCUUCUAAUAUUUCUUAGAAUCACUGGUUAGAAUCAUUCAAACUGACAACUCGUUUUAUUAAAAGAGUCAACUCGAGUCACAAUUUGUGAAUCAAUUCAAGCCAAAGGGAAUAUGAGGGUAAAAAAUAAUGGGUCGCAUUCAGUAAUACUUUCUUUGAUUUGCGCAUUUGUGCACAGAAAAAGUUCUCCCACAAAGUUUCCGCCGGAUUCACAACAGGCGAGUAGCCGCAUCAAUUUGUUCUUAAAUUGUUAAUGUUGAUGAUUCAAUAGGCCUAUAUUCUAAAUGAGGGAGCGGCGCCGAAGAUUUGAAUAAAACAGGUUCAAACCAUGUCCAUGAUAGAAGGGCUUUUAAAACAUAAUAAACAAUUUCAAACCUCUCAUUUGCUGGCUGUGCAUACGUGAUUUAUUUCAGAGAUGUUACUGUAAUAUCUUUCUUCCUGAACUCCACCAUUAAUCCCAUCAUUUAUGCCUUAUUCUAUCCCUGGUUUCAGAAAAGCUUAAAAUUAAUUUUCACAUUUAAAGUGUUUAAUACAGACUCCUCCCUGAUGAAUGUGCAAUAAGUCAU